AUGAGCAACAGAGUACUAAAGCAGACCCCGGAAGAGAGGCGGAGGGGCGAACUAUCAUUGAGCGAGUUCGCGGAGUACGUCGAGAAAGAGCAGGCGAACCGGUACGGUCGAAAUCCAGUUCGCGAUACCUCCGUUGCGCCUAGUGACAGUGGCUAUUCUACCGCUACCCGUUCUACAGCUGUAGCUGAGGAACAUCCGGAGCUUGAUAUUCUCGACCAGCUAGGCUUAUCGCAAGCUGAUCCUCCGGUCAGGUUAAAAGACCUGCUCGUCGAUGACAGCAAUACCUCGAAGGCGGAAGAUAAGGUACCUCGGCUGGCCGCGGUAGUCAAAGCCCGCCUCGAGGAAGGACAGGGAGAAACUAUUUUUGACCUCGGGCAGGAAGAUAAUGGAGAGUGGAUGGAAUUUAACAAGGAACAAUGGGACUUCGCCCUAGAUCGCCUACGCCAUGCCGCGCAGCUAAACCAGGCUGAUUGUUCUGUACUACUCACUUACAAUGUUGGCGAUGUGGCUGAAGCGGAAACAAAAAACGAGCGCAUCAAAUGUGCUUAUGGUAAAAUUCUCAUUCGACAAAAUGCUGCGACCAUAGAGGAUGUGAUCGAGACAAGAAUAGCCGUUGUUGGGAACGUCGACGCCGGAAAAAGUACGCUUUUAGGUGUUCUUGUCAAAGGAAAGCUAGAUGACGGUCGUGGGAGGGCAAGAGUAAACCUUUUUCGCCACAAACAUGAGAUUGAAAGUGGUCGAACCAGCUCCGUGGGCAUGGAAAUAAUGGGAUUUGAUACUCUUGGUCGGAUUGUGGGACGUGGGCAGCAACGCAAGCAAUCUUGGGAGGAGAUUGGCAAACAAUCAGCUAAGGUGAUCUCGUUCACUGAUUUAGCUGGGCAUGAGCGGUACCUACGGACCACUGUUUUUGGAAUGCUGAGCAGCAGCCCCAAUUAUUGCCUACUCAUGGUAGCAGCAAAUAAUGGGUUAAUAGGUAUGAGUAAAGAGCAUUUGGGAAUCGCUCUAUCUCUGAAUGUCCCUGUUAUGGUUGUCAUCACGAAAAUCGACAUUUGCCCUCCUCAGAUUCUCCAGCAAACCAUAAACCAGCUUACCAGGAUUUUGAAGUCUCCUGGAGCCCGAAAGAUACCCGUCUUUAUAAAAUCCAUAGAGGAGACGGUCAACACCGCAACCCAAUUUGCUAAUCAACGCAUUUGCCCUAUAUUCCAAGUAUCUAAUGUCACUGGAGAAUCCCUCGAUCUAGUUCGGACUUUCUUGAAUAUCCUUCCGCACCAUGGCCACUAUAACCCUGACGCCCCUUUUGAGUUUCUUGUGAAUGAUACAUUUUCGGUCCCGUUUGUGGGUACUGUGGUCUCUGGCGUUGUUAAAUCCGGAGUGGUACACACAGGCGAUGCCGUACUUGUUGGCCCUGAUUCCCUUGGCCAGUUUCGUCAAACAACAAUCAAAUCGAUUGAACGCAAGCGUCUGCCAGUUCAUGCGUGUGCCGCUGGUCAGAGUGGCUCAUUUGCACUCAAAGGUGUGAGAAGAAAAGAGGUGCGCAAGGGCAUGGUGGUUUUACCCAAAUUGGAAAAACCGCCAAAGGUAUAUCGUGAGUUCGUUGCGGAAGUCCUCAUCCUUUCACAUGCGACAACCAUCAAACCGAAGUAUCAAGCAAUGCUUCAUGUGGGAGCGGUAAGCCAAACGUGCGCAAUCAUUGAUCUAGAUCGUGACUUCAUUCGUACUGGCGACCGAGCGUUAGUUGCUUUCAGGUUCAUUCAGCGACCGGAGUUCUUAUCUAUUGGUGAUCGGAUCCUUUUCCGUGAGGGUCGAACUAAAGGCUUGGGAAUAGUCAAAGCUUUGAGCUACGACCCCAACAAUCCUUUGAACAAAAAUGCAGAUACAGUGUCGUGA